AUGCUGGACACAACGUGUCCCUUGCAUUUCCGCUUGAAUUGUUGUUUUGGAACAAUGAUAGAACCAUCUCCUCGAAUAGUAAAUCAAGCUAAUAGUGCACUUACUGGAUAUUCUCGAGGCCCCGUCUCGCGAGCCCAGGUGCCCGCUAACGACUUAGCCAAACCGCAGCCACCACAGCCAUCUCUGGGCAUCUCCACGACCGAUCCGGAGGCCUCCUUAACCGGCUCUGUCUCAGGUGAGGGAUCCUGUCAGUCCUCGGUGACUCAGAACUCUGCUAACAACUCGACAACCGCCUCGAAUGGAGGUGACAGGAGGCUAUCGACUGGGGAAAUGCAGCAAUCCCAAGCAUCACCCUCUUUGGAGGACUUCAGCGGGCAACGCUACGAUAGCUAUGGGGGACGUUAUGCUGAGGAUGAUGAUCCGGAACGCUCCAAGUUGAAGUUUCGUCGACGAAUUGUAGGGAUGGGCGAAAAAUCCAGCGUGGUUCGACGCUACCACAGACGUCCCGGUGUAGGAAUAUGUGGUCGGGGAGACAUCAGCAUAACCAACUUGGUUGGAUAUGGAUUGCACUGGGAGGCCUUAUUUUUGCAACUCUGCAUCCACUCCCGAGUAUUAAUAUUAGAAUGUUUGGAGCCUGAUAAUAAAACUCCGAAACCACGCGGAAGGAGGGGCGUUCCUGGAAGGUACGACAACAGUAGCCGAUGGACGUCGCUCGACGACUCAGGCAACAGUCUACAGGGUUUUGAUGCUGGAUAUGAGGAGGAGAGUCCAGAUGCCUACACACCACCUGACGAAGCCAUCUACCGCAGCAACGCCAAUCUAUCGACGGGUGGGCUCAGCGAUGGUCUCCCUGCCAAGCUUCCCCACCCUCACUCAGGUUUCUUUGAGGUCCCGGAGCUCCUUGAAACUGUUGUUGUUCCCCGAUCAGAGACGCCGACCACUUCGCAGCACCAUCACCACCAGCCGCCCACUCCGGCAUCGCCACCGACUCCUGCGCCUACGCCAGUGCAAAUGUCUGCGACGGCGUCAUUAAUGAUGGUACCACAAUACCACCAGCAGCAGUCCCUUAUAUUUGGUGGUAUGGACAAGAGAAUGCUUCCUGAGACGAUCCACGAUCCAAGCAAUCUCGAAUGGCGAAAUGCUGUUCAAAGACAUCCUCAUGUUAACGGUCCUGACAAUAUAGGCAAUUCGAUGCUACCGGACGUGCCACAGGCUCCAGCACCGUCACCACUAUCAUCGUUGCCGCCUAGACGACCGACAAUGUCCAACCAACAGCCACACAGUAAUCCGGCGUAUCAGCAACAUCAUUCAUCGCCACUUCCGGCACCUCACCACCAUCAGCAGCAACCCCUGCCACCCCCACCAGCCUCAAUGCAACCGAAUACACCGCCACCAUUGCCACAGCAACCACCACCUCCACCACCGCCGCAAUCGCUGCAGCAAUCGAAUUCAGCAUCGGGUCCACCUGAAAUGAAUGCAAACCAAGGAGGUGGAGGUAGUAGUGGUGGAGGCACCGCUCACGGUCCCUUGGGCACCCCACCUCCACCUACUGGCAGUAGCGGACCCCCGGAACCGACCACCGUGGUGACCUUCUUUGUCUGUGAGGUCUGCGCCUCCCGAUAUCGAUCGACUGCAGGUCUGAGGUACCAUUACCAUAGUCAGCAUGCGGGAUACACACCGAGGAAUCCGAUCUCGGCUUCUGCUUCGAGGAUAAGCAUACCUACUUCAGAGUAUAAUCGAUUCGCUCCGAAUACGGGACCGCGGGGAGGACGCAAUGGGAGAAAUAAGCGUAGUAGAAGACACAUAGAUAUGCAGCUUGCAUUUGAUUUGAAUUGCAAAGGCAAUUACCCAAGCUACCGCAGUGGAGGGACAAACAAGGGGCGGGGGUUGUCGGCGGCAAACCAACAGAUUGUGAAUCAACGGAAUGCAGCUCAGACGCCGGGGGAUGGGAGCGAGUCCGAUCCCUACCACAUGCCCUCCGCCAACACCCCUGAGGAGCCUCAUCCUCGCAGUGUCUACUCCAGCAAUGAUGUGAUACUAGCUCCACGUAAAGUGACUCUAGAUAUACCAAAAGGCGCUAGAAGCUGUCGAGAACUAGUUUUGCUUAUGAUUAUUAAGCUUAACUAUCCUCGUCUAAAGUCUCAAGUUAAUGCUUUAGUGACUAAGCCCUAA